AUGUCUUCAGGUGAUAGUCGCAACCUUCGAGCUUCCUACGAGUCGUACAAACUCUCAACAAACUGCUUCCUGGGAUGGAUGGUAGCUCAGUAUCGUUCUGCAGUACCUGGAGACGAGAAUCCAAGUCUGAUUGCUUUUACCGAUGACAUCGUCAAAGUUGCCAAGGCUCUUCAGGAGUCCAAAACUGUUGUACCUCUCUCCAUUAUCGGAGCUCUUCACCAUGCCAUCGAAAAGCGCCGGGAAGUCGGGAACAUUUACAAGGCUUCGGGAGCUGAGGAUCGUAGCCAUGGCUACUUCAUCGAGAGACUAGAGGAGACCUUAGGUAUCCUGAAGCCCCUUGUGGCGGCGUCGAAGAGACUUCCCAACUCCGAGAUCCCGGGCAUCGACAGCGUGACGCUGAAUCAAUUUGCUACACUCGCGUUGGAGGAAGAAGAAGACAACGACGACAAUGAUGUUUCCCCAAUUACAGCUACCACCUCGAAACUCCCUGCUGCUCCCCAUAGGCGAUCAGCCAAGGGCAAGGUCGUUGUUCGUCAGCAACAUUGCAAGAUUGAAGUUUUCCUCGAAGACGAUGACAUGUGCCGAGUUUUCGAGGUGUCAUUCCUUCUACACCAAGCUGUAAUGAUGCGCGACCAGCUGAUGCAGUUUUGGACCGAGGCCGUUAUCGGAACACUUCCGAUCCCCGUCGCAGCGUGGCUCACCAGCACGGUGUUCUUGCUCGGGAAUCAGCUCAUUAGUAAUUACUUUCCCCUGACGAGUGAGGAGAUGGACAAGUACUGCGUCAACGUCUGGAAGUUUCUUGACGCGCAGCCCGAGAUCGACGCCGGGAUCGACGGAAAAUUCAACUUCCUUCGCUUUUGCGACUUUUACAACGCCAUAAAAUCAUGGAAACGCAACAGAGAUCAGCUCGCUUGGGACGGUGACCUGCUCAAGUCUGAACACGACGAGGUGCUCAUCCGAAGAGACCCUGACACUCCCCAUAAUCAUUCAACUGCGGAUGGCAAACGUGACGAGGAGCAUUUGAGAGGAGUUUUGGAAGUUUUGCAAAAUUCGCGCGAAUAUUGGAAAGAGAAACGCCCCGUGAAGCGAUUGGAAGUCCACAAGAAAGCCUCCUUAGUACAAGCCGGAUCGUCUGAGCCGCUUCUGGAAGAACAUUCUGUCUCAAUGGACUCACCAGACCACGCUGCCUCGACCAAUGCAUCUGAUUUUGCCCCCUCGGCGGGGCUGGUCCUCGGCCUGGAUCUGCUCAUAACGACGUUUGACGUCUUCCGCUGGCCGAACGGAGAGUCUAAUGAAGAUCUAGAUGCAAGAAACAGUGCUCUCGAGCUAGCCACUCAAAUGAGAACCGCGGUCGACUCCUCGACGGAAGUCGUGAGAGCCUCGCUCGACAACGCGUCCCACGCAGACCUGGUGGAGAAAAUGAAGGAGUUCCACGGGGCCCUGGAUGACUACGCCACGGAAGACUGUACCCAAUUUUACUACCGAGCUCCUUGGACCGCCGGCGGACAUAUGGGGGAGAUGCUGUUCCAGGCCCAGCAUAUGGGCAGAUAUCUGGCCGGCUGUUGCACCGGUGGGGGUCUAUGUAUAGUCCCGGCGACACUUCACCUCUACAACGCCCUCCGGCGCUCCGACUUCAAGCUCGCCGAGAUUCCCAUCAUGGAGGAAUUAUGCAACCUCUUCAAGGCCAACGUUUUUCAAGGGGACUUGACCGACAGGAACUUUCUCUCCAUCUAUCGCCGAAUCGUGUACGGAGGACCCCUCAACAAAACCAAGUCCGCCAUCGAGUGGAAGAGCAACCAGUCCAUCAUCCCGCCGCUCUCGUCCAUCUUUUGCGAUCAAUACGCCAUCAACUACAAGACGGGGCCCAUUUUCCUGGCCCGGAUCAACGGGCAAAGCGCACCAACAACCAGAGCCCAGGAGGAGAAGAUUGUCAAGAAGAGCUCAUUGCAGCCGCAGCCGCUCACGACGGUGAUGCACCUGGCCAAGGAGACUGUUUUGGCAGAAUUCAACGGGCCUGUUCCCGUGGCGCGGAUCAACUACUUUGCCAUUUUUGACCUGUGUGUCAAGGUCCUCGAGAACUUUGGCAAGAUCAUCGACGAGAGCGAUUUGAAGGAUGCAGUGAAGUUUGUUCCGCCCGUUGAGCUUCACGCAAUUCGUGGAAUGUCCAUGGUCGACUCUGUGCUUGACAUCAUUGUUGAAUAUUCCAAGACGUACCGCAAGAGAAAGAAGUUGUCUGAACUGAAAUGGCUGGUGCUUUCAGGCAAGGCAUUUGACGUUGUAGAUAGGGACGCAACUCUGUCGCAAUUCCUGUGGAAGGUUUGA